UUAUUUCAUACUAUUAUAAAUUGGACCGUACAUACAUCAAUAUUACUCAUUCAACAAAGAAGUAAUCAAAAGAAAAGAGCUAAGCUAGAGUGAGUAACAAAUUACAUAAAACCAUGGCUUCUAGUUUGAUGAACGCCGCUGCCUCCGUGGCCACUGCCAGCACUGCUCAGGCUAACAUGGUAGCACCAUUCAAUGGUUUGAAGUCCACUUCAGCUUUCCCUGUUACUAGGAAGAGCAACGUUGAUGUUACUUCUCUUGCUAGCAAUGGAGGCAGAGUACAAUGCAUGCAAGUAUGGCCACCAGUUGGCAAGAAGAAGUUCGAGACCUUGUCUUACCUUCCACCACUCACCACCGAGUCUUUGCUUAGUGAAGUUCAAUACCUUCUUAACAAGGGUUGGGUUCCUUGCUUAGAAUUCGAGCUUGAGCACGGAUUUGUGUACCGUGAGCACAACAGCUCACCAGGGUACUAUGAUGGGCGUUACUGGACCAUGUGGAAGUUGCCUAUGUUUGGUUGCACUGACCCAGCUCAGGUUGUGAACGAGCUCGAGGAGGCCAAGAAGGCUUACCCCAAUGCCUUCAUCCGUAUCAUUGGAUUCGACAGCUUCCGUCAAGUGCAAUGCAUCAGUUUCAUUGCCUACAAGCCAGAGAACUACGAGUGAUCAAAGAUGGAUUAUGUUGCACGAUCUAAGUGCUUGGCCUAAUUCAGUAAUUUGUGAUUUGUUUUGUUUUACACAUAAAUCGUGUAUCUAAGCAUUAUGUAUGACUGAUGAUCUUUGUUUGAAUUGAAGUUUUUUUUUUCAUUGAAAAAUUAUGCUUGUUUGGUUUUUAUUUUUGUUGUUUCGGGUUAUUGAGUGGGUCCAUAUAUAGAGAGAAGUGAACUUGUAAAUUAAAUGACUUGAUGUAAAAGGAGGCCUACGGGUCAUAUCAAGUAGUGGAACCUCUCUUAUUCUCAAAUGUGUUACUGAAUUUGUCAUUACUACUUAAUUAA